GUUCCCACUAUGAGUAACCCAAAGAGAGAGGAAAAGAGAUUCAUUCAAUACAAUCCGUCUUUGGGGGUACCCACCACUUCUUCAAAUCCUUUCCUCCAAAUAAUCAGACAUGGCCGGAAACAACCCAACAGAAACCAAAGCCCUUCAAAUUCUCUCCCCCACCUCCCAAAAUAUAGACCAUCAAGAUGGAGAGCCAGAGGGGCAAAACGGGAAUAACACCAACAACCAGCAGCUUGUUCAUGUGGCUCCCAAGAGAAGCUCCAACAAAGACCGGCAUAAAAAGGUCGACGGCCGAGGCCGGAGGGUCCGGAUGCCGGCUCUCUGCGCCGCCCGGAUUUUCCAGCUAACCCGAGAAUUGGGCCACAAGACCGACGGAGAGACCGUCCAGUGGCUGCUCCAGCAAUCGGAACCGGCGAUCAUCGCCGCCACGGGCACCGGGACCAUCCCGGCCUCUGCUAUGUCCUCUGCCGCCGGCGAGGCCUCUGUUUCUGAGCAGGGUAACUCUGUUUCCGCCGGCCACAUGACCGACUUCUCCGCUGGGAUCCGAAACCACUGGGUAAACCCGGCCGCAGCCUGGCAGUCCAUACCCGGGUACAACCCCGGGUUCCCUGGAAACCAAAUCCUGAGCUCGUUAACCAAGUUCGGUUUUCAGGGAUUCCCCGAGUUUCAGAAUCUGGGCAGCUUCGGGACCCAUCACCUGCCCGGAUUAGAGCUCGGGUUGUCCCAGGAAGGAAGGAUCGGGGGCGGGAACUUCCAAACGUUGACGCAAUCUUAUCCGCAGCAACAGAUUGGGCAGACCGGGAACGAUCCGAUGAAUCAUCACCAUCAAGUCCAACAACAACCCGGACCCGCAAGAGUCGAUUCGCCGGGUAACGGACAGUAGGAGAUGUUUGGAGUUCUUUUUUGUCUUUCUCUAUUUAUUUCUUCGCGUGGAUUGGUGUUUAUAGGAUAAGAAUAAGAAACCGUCAAUUUCGAUGAUGGUCCAAGUUGGAUAGUCUUCAAGAGGUAAAUUUUCUGCUCAUCUUUAUCUGGUUUGAUGAUGGCAACGAAUAGAUAUUUCCUAAAUUAGUGGCAAAGUAUAUAGGAUGAAUGGAGAUUUGUAUGGGUUUGGACCAAAUUUUGUUUGAAUUUGAGUGUUAAGUAUAUAAUGUGUGUGUAAUUAAACAUGGAUAAAUAGCAGCUGGCAGGGGUUUAGGUUUUUGUUUUCAGUGAUUAAGCCUGAGAUUUCCCAUUUGGGAAAUAAUACGAGUAGAAUUGAUGAUAGGUUGGAAUACUUGGAUCUAAGUUCAGAUUGAGCUGUUGAUUCCCAUUAUUUAGUGAUGCGCCCUAUUAAAUUAAUCAUUCCC